AUGUUGGACACACCAAGGGAGCAUACUGAACCAAGUUUUUCAGGUCCGGUGCCUCCAAUCCAAGUGCCAGCAGCCCCGUGGGCCAGCAACACCAAGGUCGAUUCCUUGAAAGCAAAGGACAUACCCGAGUUUACAGGCAAAAGAAACCAAGACGUUGAAGAAUGGCUUAACAAAGUCCAACUUCUUCAAAACAUUAGUGCAACAUCAGAUGCCAGGAUGGUACAGCUCCUGCUAGCCAUGAUAGCUGAGAAAACCCCUGCUGAUGCUUGGUUUUACACUCUGGAAGCCCAGGAAACUCACUCGUGGACCUGGAAAAGGUGGAAGGAAGAACUGCUUUGA